AAUGACUCCCAGGUUUUACUCUAAUACAUCUCUCAAUCUGUGACUCAUACACACUUGAUACUACACAGCAUAAUUAGAAAAAUUAAAUCCCUCUAAAAUUUUCAUAUAAACCCCACUUUAUUUCCUUUUUCUGGCAAAUAUAUUUAGCAUUGCUAAUCUUAUUGGCCAGUCAUCCUUUUCAACUCACAAUCAAUCAACAGAAGUACUACACAUCUUUAUGAUUUGAACCAAGAAUUUGAUACACUCACAGGUGAGAUUAACAUAGUCACACACGUAUAAUAAAUACCAUCUUAAUUAACAAGAUAAAUAGAGAAAUUAUAUCAAACAUCAAUAAAAGCUAGCAGGGAAGAAAAUUAAGUAAAUUUCUUCAGACCCCCCACCAUAUGUAUGUAUGUAUGUAUGUAUGUGUACUUGUGAGAGCGACAACACAGCAAAUGAGAAGUCCAUCACUUUCUUCAUCAUCAAAUCAAACCCCACCACCACCACCUAAAGGAGGAGGUGGCGGCGGCAAGAAGGUGGAGGCGGCGACGCCGUGCUGCAGCAAGGUGGGGCUGAAGAGGGGACCUUGGACGGUGGAGGAGGACAAGCUUCUGUCGGAUUACAUAAAGAGGGAAGGUGAAGGGAGGUGGCGCACCCUCCCCAAGAAGGCCGGUCUUCUCCGCUGCGGUAAGAGCUGCCGCCUCCGUUGGAUGAACUACCUCCGCCCCUCCGUCAAGCGCGGCCACAUCUCCUCCGAUGAAGAAGAUCUCAUCCUCCGCCUCCACCGCCUCCUCGGCAACAGAUGGUCUCUAAUAGCCGGAAGAAUACCGGGAAGAACGGAUAACGAGAUAAAGAACUACUGGAACACUCACCUCAGCAAGAAGUUAAUCAGCCAAGGCAUUGAUCCUAAAACUCACAAGCCUUUCUUAUUACCUUCAUUAAACCCUAAUAAACCCGAAAUCGUCAAAAACAAACUUCUCGAUCAUCAUCAUAGUUCUUCCUCGACAGUCGUUGAUCAUCAGUACGACUCGGUUUCGAAUAUUAAUUAUGUCCCAUUUGCCCUUCAAAAUUCGACGAAUCUUCAAAUUGGAGAUGGAAUGAUGGACAGUAUUAAUAUUCAUCAUGAGCAGUUUGUUGAAGUGGACGAUGGACCAUCGAAGACGAUGAUUAAUAAUGAAGAUAUUAAUGGAGUUAUUGAUGAUGACGAUGAUCAUAUGAUGAUGAGUAGUUGUAACGAAGAUGCAUUUUCGACGUUCUUGAAUUCGUUGAUUAAUGAUGAUAUGUUCAACACUAUAGCUACUAUUCCUCAGCAUAUUCAAGAUAAUGCAUGAUGACCGUACCGGCCAAGAUAGUUCGUGAUCGAAUAAAAGAGCUGCCUAAUAUAAUUGUGAUCGGUCGAUUCACGUAUACGAUGAAAUUGAUCGAUCUGCGUAUUAUUAUUAUUAUUAAUAAUAUUAAUAAUUGGCUAAGAGUACUUGUAUUUUUGAACAUGCAUGCAGCUAGUUGAUUCUGUAUAAGUUUCAUAAUAUAAUAUUUUCUUCAUCAAUCAUUUAUAUAUUUCAUGAAUUCUGCAGCUUGGAAAUUAAUUUUUUGUACAUGCAUGAAAUUCAUUUUAUUAUCUGCAGACUUAUAUUGCCCUAACAUGGAGUCCUAAUUAAAAGCUAGUGGAUUUCAUCAUAUAUA